AUGGUAAAUGCCCAAGAAUGGUUAGAAGAUCAAGAAGAAUAUAAUACUAAGGAAAAAAGAGAACAAAUAACAAGAUUGAAGACAAUUGUGUGUUGUGAUAAUUAUUUAACUAACUUUGAUUAUUCAUCUUUAAACCCUGAUAAAUUAACUUAUUCAAUUAUCAGUGAUAAUAAAUUUCAUGAUAGUGGUUGGGAAUAUUUACCAGCCAGUGUAGAAUAUAUUUAUUGUUCUAGUGAAAAAAGACCCGAAAAUUUUGGUUUUCAACCUGAGGAUUAUGGUUUUGCUUGUUAUUUAACUAAACAAGGUUAUACUCCCCAAUCAGAAUUAGAUUUAGAGGGAUUAAGAACCGAAUACUAUGACAAGAGCCAAAAGAACCAAGAAUGGUUAAAAAAAUAUUAUCCUGAUAAGGGAACAGAAAGAAUAGAUAUAAACCAACAACUAGAAGGAGUUUUAGAUUGUAGGGAGUAUAAAAAUUUAUAUAGAAUAUUUAUUUCUACCUCAGUAGAUAGGAGUAAAUUUGAGAUAAAAGGGGGUUCUUAUGAGGAUUGGAGGGAUAAAGAAACUAAGGAAACCAAAAUAACCCCCUGUAUUCUUGCCCAAGAAUAUAUAAACCAAAACUAUCCUAAAAAUGGAACUUGUGUAAGAAUAAGAGAUGGUGAAACCCACGAAGACUUUGGUAAAAUCAGAGAAGAAAUAAAAGAGUUGGAUAUAAGAGAAAAAGCCUUAGAAGGAGAAUUGGACCUUUCUGAUUUUAAGAAUUUAGAGAUACUUAAAUGUUCUGAUAAUUACCUCACUCAGAUACCUUAUCUUCCUAAUCCAGAAAAAAUGAAUUCCUUAUGA